AGUUCCGUGUUCUCCUCAAGCAGAACCCUCUGAUUGUUCAUAUGAAAAGUGACUUGAGUAUUUUUGACGAGUAAGACAGUCUUUUUUUAUUUGCUAGGAUUGUAUAUAUGAACUAUGACGUGUGACCCUCCUUGUUCUUUCUUUUUUCUUAAUGUACUAUUUUUAUGAUAAAUACGUGUAGACACACGUGUGAAUGCAGUCCAAUAUAAAUAUGUAUGUACAUAGAGCUUGAAAAUUGCGCAGGUGUCAUCUGCGUAAAAUAAAGCGAAGGAACUCGGAUGAGCAAAGAUUGGCAAAGAUACACGUGUACGUAAAAGAAACGUUUAUACAUCGUACGUAAAGGUGUGUAGGUACAUUGCUAUCGAGGAGAACUGAGUUUCGAACAAAGUCGAACAGUUCCGAAAAUGGCGGCCAAGAGUGGAGGUAACGACGAAUGGUCAUCAAUAAUGAAACCGAUAUUAGCGGUUUCGCAAGGGUCAUUCGAUAAAUCUGAAAUUAUCGAAUUGGCGAAAAGCAUCGUUAAAAGUGAAAACAAAUUUGUCUCCCAUGAAGAACAAUACGAAACGUUUUACACAGCUGUAGCAGCCCUUUCGGCGGAUUACCUCAGCGGUUGCGCCAAUACCUUUUCUAAAAGUCAAGUAUCGAUAAUUUGUCAAGCAUGCAGAGUUCUACUUCGUCGUCUAGUCGAAAAAUUGUCACAGCAUCGAGUUCAAUUAGGAGAUGGCAGUCCUACAGUGUUCAGUACGAAACAAUUGUUGCUUCCGAUUCGUGCUCUUUGCAUUGGACAGUCUUUUCUUUCGUCUGCCGAAGAGGUAGCUUUAAUAGCUACAAUAAAAAAUUCUAAAAUUCCUUCUUAUAUUAAAUCACCACCACCUGGAAAUGAAAAAGAUGCUUCCCAAUCCUCUAAAGAUUCUGUACGAAUUAGAGGUGAUUUAUCCAGUGGCAUUCUAGAGCAAUUGACUAUGCCUCUACAAGAUUUCACGCUAUCUGUGCCUCUUGUUGACAAUUCCACUGAUGGGUCAGGUAAGACUACGAAUGAUGGCACUGGUAAUGAAGCGUGCUUAGACACAAAGACCACAUUCGUCGCAAAUAAUAUAAAUAUCCUUCGAAACAUGGGUGCUGGUGACAUCCUCUUGGAUAUGUGUUUAAGUCUACCUUAUAUAUCACGUUAUACUCGCAAAUAUCAAGCGUAUUUAAACAAAAAGUGUUUUAGUUUGCCAGCAAACGCUUCAGAAGCGCACACUGUACGCCAUAGUUUACAUUCUGUGGCAAGUGAUAUUAAUAUCGUGCACAACGUAAUGUCUUUACCAUUACUGGAACCUUUAACACCAACCAAGUUAGAAAAACUAUCGACUUUGACGAUGUCUUGUCUAUAUUGUUCAAUUGCAAAUGCAACUGCAUCCAGUAUCGUCGGUAUAACGAAUGCUGUGUCACCAAAAUGUAGUACAAAUGCUUCUGCUGGAACACAAACUAGUCAGAGUGUUAAAAAUACUGAGGAGGAGUACGAUACUUUAGCUAUAACAGUGGUUGAAAGGAGUUUAGAAAUAUUUGGACUUGUUUCGAACGUCAUCAAAAACAGCACACGAGCAGGUGGUCAUAUCUUGCAGAAUCACUUGCUCAUCGGGGUAUGGUUAUUAGUAGCUGGUUUGCAAGCUCAACUUUCGGUAAGCAGUUUUAGCGCCGCUGAUAAGGGAAAAGAAGAAAAGGGAAAAUCACCGAGCAAAGCACGCGAUGGAACGGCUCGUGUCAAUCUCAUGAAAGUCCAGCAAGGUUUUGGUGUACUGUCGGUAGCUUUAGCUUCUCACGCACUGACGUUAAUGAGCGCUCUUUUAGAAGAUGUAUCGGUCGAAGCAGUUACUGAUUAUACAGUCCCACCUGAUCCGGCGCCCUUGGAUAUAUUGUCCACUGCUAGUGCCCUUCAAAGAGCUGUAACUUUUCUUCAAGCUGUACCGCUUAAUCAUCUUUUAUUUUAUUUGGCUACGAUCAGUUACCGAAAGGCUUGUACUUUGAAGAGAGUGCAAAAACAUCCUUUCGAAGGUGAUGCUUUAAGUCAGUCAGACUCCACAACGUAUUACGAAGAUCUAUUGAGUUGUUCAGACAAUUCUAUCGACGAAGAAAAAACUGUUAUGUCGAUAGAGGAGGACAGCGAACCUAUUUUAGGUUUAUGGUUCGAGGAAACUAUCGCUCCGUCCGAUGGGUCAUCCGCGAAUGGUGCGAAAGAACCCAGCAACGAAACCAGCGUCGAACGUACAAUGACUACCAUUGUCCCUGAUAAUCGCGAACCCCACGGCUACAUUUCGUUGGCCACUAAAAUUUUCCAAUUUAUGAACCAACAUUUGAUCGGUAGUAGAAGUUCGUACGUGCGAGAGUACGUGGUAAAUGGUCUGGUCGAACAACAAAUGGUCAUAUUAGCGGCGAUAAUUAGAGAUUUAGAUCAUGAAACUGCUAAAACGGAAACUGGCACCAUCUCAGUAUUCUACGGCGCCACUUUGGGCACAAUGUAUUCCGAGUUUUCUCAAGCUUUGAGUCGUUACACUCACAAUUUAUUGGCUCGAAAUACAUUGAGUGAAAGUUUGCAAAAUACACUUCUACUUCAUCUGGGCGUGAAUCCUUGGUCCGGAACAGACGGCACAACUCCUUGUACUUGGCCGCUUCAAGUCUACCCAAGGACAUUGAGUGUGCUGGCGCAGGUACUUCUACUGAAACCUCAAUCGGAAAAAGAAGCUGCCUGCAUUAGUAUAUGGCAUCGUUUAGUGACGACAAUGGUAGAGUAUGUAUGCAAUCCACCUUCUACGUUCGAAUCGGAAAACGAAGAUCUAAACGUGGAGCAUGCUCAGUUAGUUUUGAUAUUAUUCCACUCCCUGAAUUUAAUGCAAAAGAAAUCGGUACUACUUGUUACCGGAAGCGGUGCAGUACGAUGUAGCGAAGCAGUCAAGACUCCGAUGAAAGAUUUUCAGUUACUGCAUUUAUCGCGUUUAUUAUUACUCCUCGAAUAUAUGAUGAAACAUCUUUAUGACGCACCUCCUGCAUUACUCGAACAAGUUCAAUGGAAUCUAUUUUCGGCCACGAGUUUAGUUUGUGACGCAAAAGACGGUAAUAAACAAACUGCCCGAGUUUUUACACCAUGGACAGAAAUUGAAGAUAAUUAUCGUAAAUUUGGUACUCAAGAUGAAUUUUUAAUGAAGCCUCGAUUCUACAACCUCUCUACUACGGAUUUCAAUAAUCAAGAUACUCGGAAGUUGGAUGGGUUGGCUUGCAAUUUCAUUCUGGGUGCUCCGGAUAAGAUGAAAUAUCCGCUUUUGGUCGACGCAUUAAUAGAUAUUUUGAACGUUCUGAAUCAAACGGAUAUGCAGAAGAAAGUGGGGACCGAUGGCAAAGACAAAACGCCCACGUUUACUGGUCUGUGCGCGAUUCGGUACUGCUUUUCCAUAUGUUGGCGAUUAUUACUAAUGUUGCCACCUUCUACCCCGUACAUGGAUAAAUUGGCUCUCGGUGAGGAAAUUCCUGCCGGGCCGAUGCUACUUCAUUCCCUAAUUUGGGGGCCUAGAGCGGCGUACAAGACUUUCACCAGCUGGAUGAAGGAUUGUUUAGUCAGACAAGGAAUGUAUACACAGUAUGCGGAAAAUCUUUUGAAAACUGUGUCGUCUACCGUCAAUUCCAUCAAGUACGACGUUACAGUUGCCAAAAAUUGUAUCACUGCUUUGAUGCCGGAGACAAAUUUUAACGACAAAGUAAUGCCAAAAAGUGCUUUACCGAAGCUUAGCUCCUUGUGUAUUCUAGCUGCGGUUGUUGGAAAGUUGCAAGUUCUUUUCGAUGAAAGUAUAUCGAAAAAUCAGAACGAGAAUAUUGAAAAUUCAAAGAACCCGCAAAAUUCGGAAUCUGGAAACACGAAUUCACCCAAAAUGAUAAUCGGUAUUCCUCCCCGUGUUCUCUCCUUGACCGAAUACAUCUUCGCCUCAUGUCGAUCGAGUAUACUUCACGAAAUGCUUGAAUCCAUGGAUCAAGAUGUUAAAUACGGUCCGCGAGAUUACUCGAUACUCGAGGACAUUGUCGCCAUUGCGGGCGCGAAUUGGGCGACCGAAGCGUCUCUGAGUACUUUCUUACCAAACUCAUUAAAAUCGGUCCUUGACAAAUGGAAAUCUAUCGAUGUUGCUCCAAUUCCUUGGAACACCUAUGCGAACGACAUCAUACCAGCGGAAAGUUACAUUUUGGCAACAGUGAACCAUCACGUAAGUUCGCUGUCGGAGUAUCCAACUUUCUCUAUCAAUCCAUCUUUGAAGAAUUUACUGCACAGUUUAGUCGCCUUCAUGGCAGAGUAUGUUACUCCAGCUACAGCACCGGAAAAUUCGGAUGAGCGUUCGCGAGCGCUAGAUAUUCUCGUCGCUUUAUCCAUGGAUGCUCGUACGGACUAUCUCCGAGAUAUGGCGAGCAAAACCUUGACAAUACUCCUGGGAGAUAACGACAACGAAAUGCGACAACUGCGGGAACAUCUCUACAUCUUACGUCACACGUAUAAUUUGAUCAUAGAGUAUACGAACGAUGCCCAAGAUCCCGUAAAUAUUACUGUGGACGAGAAAAUCUUAAAACGAUGUAUCAAAUAUUGGGAACAACUACUGGAAAAGCCACUUGGUUGCAAAGCCUUGGAAUUAUUUUUCGCGCUAAACGCCGACAGAUCUCUCGUCUCCGUUUUAUUGUGCGGAACGUCUCCCCAAACGUCUCGUCAAUUCGCCACUCACGUUUUACGCUUUUUCAACAUGCUAUUCGAAAUAGCCGAGAAAGGAAAUGACGAGUCGUUGGAACGUCUCUGUGCAUCUGUAACGAACCUGGCUCACGUGAAAACGAAAACGUUGCAAACCUGGUUGAAACAGGUCAUUCUGGGAGCUACGAGUAUAUCUCCCAGCGCAUCAUCGACAAACGUACAAACACCUACUAUAGUGGCCGCGAACGCGUUGGUUGCCGUUGCUGGUACGACGGAAGACACGCAGAAAUUGGAUGAGAUCAAUAACGCGCCGAACAAUGAACAAGUUCAAUGGGCAAUUAUGUUGUCAGACGGUUCCGUAAGUAAUAACCAAUCUGCAAGUAUCACGGAUGAUCAACAACAGCAGCAGCAGCAACAGCAACAACAGCAACUUCAACAGCAACACUCGAUGCACGAAAAUAGUCGAUUUUUGCGAGCACUUACGAAUUAUAUAGUUAAAAAAAAGAGCGGUGUAGACGUAGGCGUGCCAGUUACGAUUCUACAAGCUCUCAUACCAUUGGCUUAUCACAUGCUAUCCCCUGCGAUCGAGGGUAACGGCUUCCCUGAAUUGAUGAACGUUAUGUCUACGUUGGCUGACGCUGGUUCUGAGAAAGGACACUCCUUACUGUUUAAAGCCGCGAUCGAAUGGAUCGAGCUAUGCAAGGAACAACUGACAAACAAAGAUCUACAAGAUUUGGAUAAACCGUUAGCGUUCGUCGAAGCCGGCUGCUGCGUACUAAACUACGUAGCCGACGUGGUUAGCGCGGUUUGUCCUCGAUCCAUUCAUUCUCAAGAUCGCGCGACCAGUCCUCCUUGGGAAGGUGCUACGCCGAUUAACGACGUGAAUGACAGCGACUGGGUCGACGAGAUUCCACACGAAGACGAAGAUAGCGCCGCUGAGGAUUCCGACGAGGACAAUCUUUGCAACAAACUUUGCACCUUCCUCGUCACUCAAAAGGAGUUCAUGAAUCAACAUUGGUAUCACUGUCAUACCUGCCAUAUGGUAGACGGGGUCGGUGUCUGCACGGUGUGCGCUCGUGUUUGUCAUCGUGAACAUGACGUCACCUAUGCAAAAUAUGGAAACUUCUUUUGCGACUGCGGUGCGAAGGAAGAUGGAUCUUGCCAAGCCUUGACCAAACGCAGCCCUCAAACCUCGGAACAUCAGAAUAACAUCAGCGGUAUUGGGGCUGGAAGCUCUUCUACGUCGGCUGGUGGCUCAGGCGGUGUUGUCGGUUCAAGCUAUAACAAUUCCCAUGGAACUUCUCUUGAGAAUCGAGAUCUACUUCUUGCGAGCAGUUUACGUCGGCGAGCAUCGAGUCCUCUAUACUUCUACGACAAACAAGAGAGACAAGGUCGCGAGAAACAAAGGCAUACGCAGUUAGCCAAACAGCUAGAAUCAUCAAAAGACUGGAUACACAGUUACCUUUGGAAAAGUGGGCUGGUGUCGUCGUUGGUGGAUCUAACGCGUGCGCUAGUACCUGCAGUGGAUGCGUCCUGUCGAAAGAAUUCAGCUGUCGGAUGCCACGCGCGUGCACAAGCUGCACUUAAACGUCUACACACGGUUGAUAAGAAAUUUGAGUACACCGAUGGUUGUACUGUUGGACAAUUGAUGCUUCCUACGUUAGGAUCGCAAGAGGGUGCGUUUGAAAAUGUUCGAAUGAAUUAUUCAGGAGACCAAGGGCAGACUAUCAGGCAGUUAUUAUCCGCACAUAUGAUACGUCGUGUUGCAAUGUGCUGCCUAUCGUCACCGCAUGGUAAAAGACAACAUUUAGCUGUCUCACAUGAGAAAGGAAAAAUAACGGUAUUGCAAUUGAGCGCCCUACUGAAACAAGCCGAUUCAUCUAAAAGAAAGUUAACCUUAACGAGACUUGCUUCUGCGCCCGUACCAUUCACCGUGCUAUCGGUAACUGGUAAUCAAUGGAACGAAGACUUUCUGGCUGUCUGUGGUUUCAAAGAUUGUCACGUAUUAACUUUCAAUACCUCGGGAACAGUGUCCGAUCACUUGGUGUUGCACCCUCAGCUGGAAACUGGAAAUUUCAUCAUAAAAGCGAUUUGGCUACCUGGAUCUCAAACUCGUUUAGCACUGGUCACUGCGGACUUCGUGAAAAUCUACGAUCUUGGGAAAGACGCGCUUUGCCCUCAGUAUUAUUUCCUCGUGCCAACUGGAAAAAUAAGAGACUGUACGUUCAUGUGCGCGGAAGAUGGAAUCUUCUACCUACUGAUUAUGUCUUCGGCUGGCUACAUUUACGGUCAAGCGAUGGACGAGGAAAGUUCGGCUAAGCACGGACCUUUCUACGUGACCAAUACUCUCGAUGUGUAUCAUCCGGAGAUAAAAGAUAAUGGACAGGUCGGCGGUGGCGGUGUGUCGAUUUAUUACUCCCACGCUUUGCAGUUACUGUUCUUCAGUUACGCGUGCGGUAAAAGUUUCAUUGCGCCAUUGAAACACAUGAACACCGACGUGACGAUUGUAUUUCAAAUCAACCUCGGUGGCAACAAAAGUUCCAACGGAAACAAAUCGAACAACAAUCAACCUCAACCGCUGUGCCAGUGGAGCGAGAUACCGAAUCAUCCUGGACUAAUAUGUUCAGUUUUACAGACGAGCAACAACCCUGUGAUAUUGAUGAUUAAACCUGACACGAUAAUGAUUCAGGAGAUCAAAGUUAUCCCCGCCAAGGCUAAAAUAAUGGAUAUGGUCGCGAUAAGACACCCGAGCUCGAACGCCGAACACAGGACUACCCUGAUAUUAUUGUGCGAGGACGGAAGUCUGAGAAUUUAUAUGGCGGGAAUGGAACAAACUGGUUACUGGAUGUCGCCUUCCGUACAACCGAUAGGCACGAUGACCGCAGUUAAACCAACGCGAAAGAAAAAAACAAUGAAAACAGGAAAACCCUCCGGUUCCGUUGUUUUCCCCAUUGACUUCUUCGAGCAUUGUCAAGUGAUGAAUGACGUUGAAUUUGGUGGCAACGAUUUGCUACAAAUUUACAACGUUGCGCAAAUCAAACACAGGCUCAACACUCCUGGAAUGUACGUUGUUUCCAUAAAAGCAAUGGGAUUCAAUGUCGAAGUCACCAACAAUGACCCUGUUCUGGUUAUGACAGGAAUUAGAGUAUUGCUUGGAAGUCAAGAUGUUAAAAGAGCCCCGGUUAACCUCAAGGUAUUUGGUAGAACUGUUUAUACGACGGUUUUGAACAAAAGUCGCUGGUUCGAUGUUCCCUUUACUCGAGAAGAGAGUCUGCAAGCUGACAAGAAGUUAACUAUCACUUUUGGACCCUCUCAAGAUCAUGAGGGUAUUGUUAUGGUGGAUUCCAUUAAGAUAUAUGGUAAAACGAAAGAUGCUUUUGGUUGGCCUGAAGAAAUAGAAGAUACCACAGCGACUGGUCAGUCGACAUCUGCACCAGUGGCGACGAUAAACAGCGGUACGGACAGUGCUCUCACGGCACCUGCUCCGCUGUCCUCCGUCGACAGCUCCACGAAGGACAAUUCCCUUAAUAUCGAAAGAAUGAUCGCAGGUAUCCUAGAAGUUCUAGAAUUAUCGUUCAACGUAUCAUCGAACGAUGAGAAUAAAUUGCCGUUGAAAACUACGGCUAUCGACGUAGCGUCACGAUUACUGAUACUGCCGACUCCGUCAUCGGUGCAGAUGCACACGACGGCGCUUCUAGCAUCUCUACAUCAAUCCAAACAGGCGUAUCAUCUCCACAAGGAUCACGUACUAUUGUCACACGUGGUUGAGUCCUUAAAAUCUAUGAGAGAGAUCAGUGAUCCGCGAGAUAUAGACGCGGAGAAUUUUUAUAGACUGGUACUCAUUGUUCGGAGUAUUUCCGUUUCACGUCCGCAAAAUCUUGCCAACUUUACGGAGCAGUACACAAACAAACCAAUAGAUGAAACCGACAUACCGAUUUUGGAAGAAGAUCGACAAAACGCUGCUAAUCAAACUCAUAAAAACGUUGACGAAAGUCAUCAGCAGCAUCUGGUUGUACAGCUUAUGGAAAUAUUAUGGUCCCUGCAUAUGGCUUACCCGAAAAACAUGGCCCUUGCACCGGUAGUGGUUCCAGGACUAACCCACGCCGAAGGAACGAUUCACGCGAUCGUUGAAAUUAUUCACGCUUUCGCAACCUGCGACGUUGAGAAAAACGUUCCUUUAGCUGCGAAGCUGUACCUACAGUUGCUGCUUUCAUCCGACACUACAAUUAGUUUUAGCGCUAAACAAGCUAUCAUCCGUGUACUCAGACCGAGGUACAAGAGGAGAAGAGUUUAUAUACCAAGUCCCCCUAACUGUAGCACUCCAGGAGCAGUGAUAGAGUCGGAAGAGAAGCUAGCAUCGUCCGAGCAAACGCAUCGAGAAAUUUCAAAUGCGGCAACGUCGAGCACAUCAACGAUAGACCGUGAAGCGGAACAACGAUUGGCUGAAGUUGAACAGAUCAGAUCAGUGAUUGAUCCACUGGCCGUGAUGCUCGGAUCGAAUAGUAAUCAAGGUUCCAGCAGUGGUUCCAUGAUAGGUGCAGCGACGUCGUCCAAUGCUACGACUAGCAGCAAUCUUACCGGUGGUUCUAGCUCCAUUACCGAUAGCAACAGUGGACCAUCGACGAGAGGAGCGGUAAACUCGUUGGAAACUUUAAUCGGUGCUGGAGGUUUCCCACAGAUACUGGACGUAGCCCCAGACACCGACGAUGAGACGAUGAUAGAAAUAGCAAUAGCGUUAAGUUUGCAAGAUCACGAAGGAGGAGGUGGCGCCGAUUUGCAAGCGUUACAAGGAUUUCAACAAAGUUUAUCGAGGUUGGAGGUUUCGAGGCUGGGUUUACAAGGGCUGGAGAGCCUUCAGAAUUUGACUGGUCCGGCGUUACAGAGUCUACAAGCAUUGGCUGCACAGGGAUUAGUUCAAGUCCAAGGUACCAGUCAGGGUCAAGAAGGUGGAGGACACUAUUCGGACACAACUGCUUCCGCCGGUGGGUCAGACGACGAGGGAUCGACUGCUGCUACUGACGGAAGCACGUUGCGAACCUCCCCAGCGGAACAAGGUGGUAGUGGUGGUAGCAAGGGUAGCGAGAGCAGUGGAAGCGAGAGCGGAGGAAGUGCCGUAGACAGCAUGACGGGGGAACAUAAUGUAUCGGGAAGGAGCUCCGCGUACGGAGACAACGUUCCCGAUUCUAUACCUCCGAGCGGAGGAAUUGGAGUCAGUCAAGUGCCACGUACCGAGUCUAAUUCCGUGGGUCACGACGCGACUUUAACCGUCGCCGAACAAGAAGAAAAUGCCGAACAGGAACGCGCCACCGAGCAAGAAAACGAUACAACUAGCUGCGAGAUCACCGCAAAACUACAUACCGUGCGACUGCUGCUGCUCGACAAAUUCAUGCAGUUCGUGCCAAACCUAAUGAACGUACCGGGUGUUUUGGCCAUUCCACUUUUACAGGUUGUAUUAAUGUUAACAUCAGACUUGGACGGGCAAGAAGAAAAAGAUAGAGCUUGCGUCGAACAAUUGCUUCAAAUAUUGGUGAAAGAAUUAGAAAUAGAUAAACCGGAUACGACUAACAUAUGCCAACGUACCAACAAAAGAGAGGUCCAUUUAGUUAUCAUGCGAUUACUAAGUGUGUUAAUGUCUCGCUUAAAACACACUGCUAAGACGCAAACGGAAAACUCGAAUUUCGUUUCUCAAACAGUAGCCGCGAUACUGGGUAAAGCGGGAAUAAUCGAUUAUUGUUUGACCUUAUUGAAAGCGUUGUUGGAGUAUUGGAAAACAACAUCUACCGAAGAAUCGGGGAAUAUCCUUGGUGGUCAGCUGCUUAAGGAACAUUUCUCAACUUCUCCACCAGACAUGUCACCAUUCUUUUUGCGACAGUACGUUAAAGGCCAUGCUGGCGAUGUAUUUGAACCAUAUCCGCAAUUAUUGACGGAAAUAGUAUUGCGGUUACCCUACCAAGUACACAAAUACUCUGAAAACGCAGCAGCUCAACCAGCUUUCGAACAACCAUGGUAUUUCAAUCUCUGCGAAUACAUGAUGUCUUAUCAGACGCCAUUUGUUAGACGAAACGUGCGCAAGUUGCUUCUCUUCAUCUGUGGCAAUAAAGAAAAGUACAGGCAGCUGCGCGAUUUACACGCUUUGAUCUCGCACGCUCAGUCUGUACAACAAUGUUGCGCCACUGGUGGAUUCGAGCCUCAUCAAACGCGUCCACAUUCCAUCAACUUACCAUACGAUUCGUUGGUAGAAUUGAUCGAACAUUUGAAAUGCUGCGUCGAAAUUGCUACUAGUCGUACAGGAAAUUGGCAACGAUUUUGCUUGAAACAGAAUACAGUGUUGUCUUAUCUUUUCACUAUAUCGACUCUUUUGGACGAAGGCGUUAGUCCUACUGUGUUACAACUCCUACAGUGUGCUAUUUGCUCUAACAAUAAAUCAAAAGAUACCAAGAUUAAGGAUUCAAAAUCUGCAACUAUAGGAGCAACAAAAGAGAGACGAGAACGCGAGAAAUCUGAGGACUCGGAUACGGAAGCUAAAUUCGAGGAAGCUCAAUGCUUGGCUUUGGUCGAACAAAUUCAGAAGCAAGUGUCACCAAGUUUAUUGACGAAAUUUAUUCAAGCUUUCCUACUCGAAACCAAUAAUACCAAUGUUCGUUGGCAAGCGCACUCUCUGAUACUGGCUAUUUACAAGAAUUGCGGCCCGGCUGAUCAAGAGAUAUUAUUGGACUUGAUGUGGCGGUUGUGGCCCCUGUUACCCGCUUACGGUCGGAAAGCUGCACAGUUCGUGGACUUACUCGGCUACUUUUCGUUGAAGACGCCUCACGCGAGCAAAAAGAUGCACUCUUACAUGGAACAAGCGGUCGCUGUGUUACGCGCUCAAAAUCAGUUGCUCGCGCGUCAUCCAAACGCCAACCUGUAUGCAAAUCUCGCGCAAUUUGUCGAAUUGGACGGCUAUUAUUUGGAGAGCGAGCCCUGCCUAGUUUGCAAUAAUCCCGAAGUUCCAAUGUCAACGAUCAAGCUAUCCUCGAUCAAAGUAGAUUCCAAAUUCACAACAACCACGCAAAUUGUAAAAUUAGUCGGAAGUCAUACAAUCGGUCGCAUCACGCUCCGUAUAGGUGAUCUGAAAAAGACGAAAAUGGUUCGUACAAUUAAUGUAUAUUAUAAUAAUCGUUCUGUUCAGGCGGUGGUCGAAUUGAAAAAUAAACCCGCUAUGUGGCACAAAGCGAAAAAGAUCACGCUGGCUCAAGGACAAACGGAAAUCAAGAUGGAGUUUCCUUUGCCAAUCGUUGCUUGCAAUUUGAUGAUCGAAUACGCGGAUUUCUAUGAAAACAUUCAAGCGUCAUCCGAGACACUCCAGUGUCCACGAUGUUCUGCAAACGUUCCGGCAAAUCCUGGCGUUUGCGCCAAUUGCGGAGAGAACGUAUUUCAGUGUCACAAAUGUCGAGCGAUCAAUUACGAUGAGAAGGAUCCGUUCCUCUGUCACGCUUGUGGUUUUUGUAAAUAUGCGAAGUUCGACUACACGCUCACCGGAAGGCCCUGUUGUGCCGUCGAUCCCAUCGAAAGCGACGACGAUCGGAAAAAAACAGUUGUUACAAUCAACGCGUUGCUCGAGAAGGCUGACAGAGUGUACAAAACUCUCAUCUCGAAUAAGCCAACUUUAGAAAUGUUGCUGGUGAAAAUAUCAGAACAUCGAUUGGAUCGCACUUUGGAGGACGGCACCGCCACCGCCGCCAUUCAAGUAUCCAGUGGAAGCACUCAAGUCAACAGAGCCAUACAGCUGCUCGCCCAAAGAUACUGCGGUGAAUGUAAAACGUCCUUCGAAGAGUUAAGUAAAAUUAUACAGAGAGUUUUGGCCUGCCGGCGAGAACUCGUGGCGUACGAUCGUCAGCAACGUGGACAAACCGUCGUCGCUAGUUCCACAUCGAUCGACACAUCCGCAUCUACCGUUGCCACGGAUGAGUCGUCCCAAGAGUCAGCACAACCCGUCGACAUCGUAACUGCAGCAACUCCGCAAAUAGUAGGUCGUUGUUACGGAUGUGCGACGGCGGCCACGGAACACUGUUUGACCCUGCUGCGCUCCCUAGCUACCAAUCAAGUUGCCAAAGAGGUUCUGUGCAAACAAGGAUUAAUCCAAGAAUUAGUCGAACACAAUUUACGCAAGGGUACCGUGCAGAUGCAAGAGGAAGUCAGACAGCUGCUCUGCCUCGUUACCAAAGACAAUCCACAAUCAACCAAAGAACUCUGCUCUCUGUUAACCGGACGAAUCACUUUAACUCUUCACGGUCGUGUGCCUACUUCGGAUCUAUCUCUAGCGGUGCGCCACGAAAUGGCUCUAUUAGCCGCACUCGUCCAAAAGGAAGAUUCCUGCUGGGAGCAAAAGCUGCGAUGCGUCAUGAAAUUGUUCCUGAUGGCUUGCAAGGAGUCCAAAAGUCCUGUCGUAAUGGAGAACAUCAUUUUGCCGUGUCUGAAAAUACUGCAAGGACUCGUAAAACCAGACCAACCAAUCUCGAAGAAGAACAAGGACAAGGGCAUCGAGACGCUGGCAACCGUGCAGCCACCUGAAGGCAGUAUAACUAUAGACGUGAAUAAGUGGCUAAACGGUGACCUGAAGCAUUCGUAUUCGGAAUGGAUUCGUCGUAUGCCGAGCAAAAGAAUCGAACCACCUUCUGGGGGCAAACCAUUGAAAAAGGAGGAAAUCCGUGUGUUUUAUUUAAUGGAGAAAUACGGGCACAGGUGGCGAAAUCGAUGCGCCAGACAGCAAGAUAUUCAACCGUUGAAAUUGGCUGACGGUGCUUGGUUAAAGGAGGUUCUGUUCAAUCCGAGCUCACGACUCGCGCGACAGGUUGCCUGUAACAUGAUAGAGAGUCUCUGUCAGGGAAAGGAACGGAAAAAGGAAGUACUGGUGCUGCUCACAUGCUAUUUGGAAGAGUUGCGGGCGGCUGGUGAGAGUAGCACCGAGUUCCUCACAUUGUAUCAAAGCUUGAUCAGAAAACCACGUUGGAAGCAAUACUUGGCGGUACGCGGUGUUAUGAGCUUACUCGCGGAUCUCUUGACUAGAGAGAUCGAGGAGCUCCAUCGAUUGGAGGAAACAACUUUGACCAGCGAUUUGGCCCAAGGUUGCUCGUUGAAAAUGCUGACAGAGCUGAUGGCAACGUUCCUCGAACAAGAAAACAUUAAACAGCAGUAUAAAGGUCGACUGGUAGGGGCAGUUCUUAACGGUUAUCUUUCUUUGAGAAGAUUGGUCGUCCAACGAACGAGACUCAUCGAUGACACCCAGGAGAAACUGUUGGAGCUUCUCGAAGAGAUGACCACCGGCACCGAGGAGGAGACCAAAGCGUUCAUGGCAAUCUGCGUCGAAACUGUACAAAAAUACAGUCUCGAAGACGUACGCACGCCAGUCUUCAUCUUCGAAAGACUCUGCUCGAUCAUCUACCCAGAGGAGAACGAUGUCGGGGAAUUCUUCUUGACGCUCGAAAAGGAUUCGCAGCAAGAAGACUUUCUUCAAGGCAGAAUGCUGGGAAAUCCAUACAGCAGCUUGGAACCUGGUCUAGGUCCUCUCAUGAGAGAUGUUAAGAAUAAAAUUUGCCAAGAUUGCGAACUAGUCACUUUAUUGGAAGACGACAAUGGUAUGGAACUGUUAGUCAACAACAAAAUCAUCAGCCUCGACCUACCGGUGAAGGAAGUGUACAAGAAAAUCUGGGUACUAGAAGGCGGAGAGUGCGACGCGAUGCGCGUAGUAUACCGAGUAAGGGGACUGCUAGGAGAUGCUACCGAGGAAUUCGUUGAAAGCUUGAACGCAAGCACCGAGCAAGAAGUGAACAACGAAGAAGUAUAUAAAAUGGCGAACGUUUUGGCCGAUUGUGGCGGUCUUCGAGUAAUGUUAAACAGACUAGCCGCCAUACAAGACAUAAAUAGAGCUCGACCGCUCCUACAAGUCCUUCUCAAACUGUUCAGACUAUCGGUUAAAGUGAAGAAGAAUCAAGAGGUCCUGAGCAAGCCCGAGUUGGGAGCAGUAACAGUUUUCCUCGAUGUACUGCAGCGGUGUCUCGUCACCGAAUCCGAAAAUUCCCAAGCUCAAAUUACGGAGCAACUGUUGGAUAUUAUAGAAACGAUUUUGACCCAUGCAGCCUCUCAGCCGCUGUCCAGUUUCGAAGCUUUCUCUCGUACCCUGGGUGGACCAGAACACGUGAAGGCGCUACUUUCUUGCACUCAAUCCACAGCGGUUAGACAAAGCAGCAACGUAUUGGCGCAUCUCGCCCGCGUUCUGGCUGCACUUACUUACGGCAAUAAAGAGAAAAUGGCUCUCCUUUGCGAUUACUUUAAGCCAGUGUUAAAUUUUUAUAAAUUCGACUUCGAGCACACGACAGAAGAUGAGCAGAAGCUCGAACUAUUCUGUAUUCUUACUCAGGCCAUCGAGCGCAACGCCAUUGGCAAUACACUCAAAGGUUACAUCAUAAGUAUGGGAAUUGUUAAAGACGCUUUUGAAUACAUAACUGUGCACGCGCCCUGUGUUAAGCCCACGUUGUUGCGAACGGACAGCGACGAAUUGAAGGACUUCAUAUCUAAACCAGCACUCAAGUAUAUACUGAGAUUCCUUACUGGCCUAGCGACGGAUCACGAACCAACUCAGCUGACAGUAUCGCAAGUUACCAUUAGUAUAAUACACAGAUUGGAACAAGUAUCAUCGGACGAGCACGUUGGCUCGUUGGCAGAGAACUUGUUGGAAGCGUUAUGCACAAACAAAAGGGUGGCCGAGUUGAUCGAAGAGGCUCGACAGCACACCCGCAGCGAGAAGAAACGCUUGGCAAUGGCGAUGAGGGAGAGACAGUUGGGUGCGUUAGGUAUGCAGACGAACGACAAGGGUCAGGUGAUGGCCAGUGGAACCAUUCUACAGCAAAUGGAAGAUUUAGGCGACGAAACAGGACUAGUCUGUGUUAUCUGUCGGGAGGGAUACAAAUUUAAGCCAAACAUGGUUUUAGGCAUUUACACGUUCACCAAGCGCUGCAACGUGGAAGAAUUUGAAACAAAACAGAGGAAAACGGUAGGCUACACGACUGUUACACAUUUUAACGUCGUCCAUGUUGAUUGUCAUAUGUCAGCUGUAAGGUUGGCACGAGCUAGGGAUGAAUGGGAAAGCGCAGCCCUACAAAAUGCGAACACCAAGUGCAACGGGCUUCUCCCAUUGUGGGGUCCUCAAGUUCCAGAAUCUGCUUUUGCUAACUGCUUGGCGAGACAUAAUACGUAUCUACAAGAGUGUACCAGCCACCGAGAUAUAUCUUACGCUUCGACCGUUCACGACUUAAAAUUAUUAUUAUUGCGAUUUGCUCAGGAGAAAAGUUUUCACGAAGAUACGGGAGGAGGAGGACCGCAAUCGAAUAUGCACAUGGUUCCUUAUUUGAUUCACAUGGCUCUUUACGUAAUUAACACCACGAGAUCGGCCGCACGAGAAGAUAAAGCGUUAACUGGAUAUUUGGAAACACCUCCCGGUCCCAGCUGGCUCGAAAGUUGCUACGACGCUGAAGGGCCAUUUUAUCAGUGCACUAUUACUCUUUUGCUUUUCACGCCAGCUCGAUGGAAAUCGUACAAGCUCGCUUUCUUGAACAGAAUGAUCGUUCUUGCUCACCAGCGAUACGUUUCGCCUUCGGCUGCUACGAAAACCAUCGUCGACGUUACCGUCAAAGAUUACGCGAUAUACAAAAGCGCCUUAAUCUUUUUUGGACUAGUAGACUGUAUCUACGCUAAUUUCUUCAAGAAAGUUAACGUAUUGUCGGACGAUCAAUGGCCCUCGGUUUUAGCUGAAUACAUUAGGCACAACGACGAAGCGAUGCUAAAAGCCUCGGAGCGCGUGCUUGCUACUUAUCGUGACGAAUUGGUACCUUGUGCUUCUUUUGAAGAAUUCUGUGAUGUCGUCGGUUUGUUGGAAGAAAUAAUGAAUCCUUCUGCGUAUAUCAAUGACAUUAUACGAAGUCUCGGUUAAAAAAAAAAAAAUAUAUCGAAGAAUACGAAUCCUAUUGAAAGGGAAAAAGAACUCUUUUACAUAAAUAUAAGAUAGCAGUUUUUCUCAAACACUCUGAUUUGGUUUCUUUAUUUUUCUUGCUCUUUGCUUCGUACAGGUUGUGCCCUCGCAUCUACCCUUAGUUCUUUCGAAGAGUGUGAGGCAAUUCAUUUGAUAAAUCAUAUCGGUUAUGUUGUCGAUUAAUAUAGAUAAAAGUAACUAUAAUCAAUAUACUCGCUUUGUAAUUUGUGAGUUAACGUUUGCUUUCGUUAGGGAAGAAAUUCAUUCACUUUACCAUGCACCGUAUUAUUACUCGAUUCUGUAAUUGUACGUUUAAAGAAAUAUGUGCUUUAAUAAAAUACAAAAUAUCGA